AAAUGAUAUUUGUAUGAAUCUGUGACUGACAGAUCCCGUGAUUCUUAAGUAGUAUGUGAACAAUUUAUCGUCCACAUCUAGAGAUUUUUGAAGUUCAAGCAUUCCAAUAUUUAACUGAAAGUUUCUAAUAACAAUAUUAUUUUAGUUGAAAUCCAAUUAAUUUAUUGACUAAACAAUUUGAACAUGAAUUCAACAUCUUUUGAAUUAUUUAGAACAGUUGCCCUGUUAGUAUUGACACCCAAAUGUUUUGAUAAUUAUUUUUUAGAAAUGAAUUAUCUAGAUAGCUCCUGCUUCUUAUCAACAUUGAGUAAAGGCCUAGGUUUGGGAAUUAUUUUAGGUUCUUUAACAGUGAAAGUACCACAGAUAAUAAAAAUUUAUAAUGCCAAAAGUGGAGAAGGAAUAAAUAUUCUCAGUGUGACACUGGACCUAAGUGCAAUUACAAUUUAUAUGGCAUACAGUUUCGUCAAGGGGUUUCCAUUUAGUUCAUGGGGAGAUGCUAGUUUUUUAGCAGUGCAAACAGUGCUAAUAGGAUAUUUAGUAUUGUUUUAUCAAGGAACUAUUGUCAAAGCAAUUCUUUAUUUAAUAACUUAUUUAAUUAUUUGUUAUAUUAUGAUGUUUGGUUUGGUGUCCAUAGAUAUUUUAUGGUCACUUCAAACAUUUAAUAUAUUACUAGUAGUUGUUGGUAAGCUUAUGCAAGCCUUUACCAAUUUUAAAAAUGGGCACACUGGUCAAUUAUCAGCAGUUACCUUAGUAAUGUUGCUUGCUGGAUCAUUAGCUAGAAUUUUCACUUCAAUGCAAGAAACUGGUGAUAACAUAGUCAUUUUGACUUACAUAGCUAGUAGUUUAGCUAAUGCUGUUUUAGUAACUCAGUUAGUUGUUUAUUGGAAUGUAGAUGCUAAGAGGAAAGUGGAUUAAGUUAGCUUUAUAUAUUGCUCUACAAAAGUUAUGGAAAUUUGUAAAUUUUGAGAUUGUGUUCUAACAAAUUUUUAGUCACCAAGUGUUCAUAUAUGUUUUACUGAAUACUUUUCUUUAUAUAACGAUGGACUCACCUCUAUAUCCCGUAUAUGAAAAAAUGCAUCUUUUCAGGGAAAGCAAAAAACAGUAUAGUUCAUUCAAAUUCAUUGAAAGUUAAGAUGUGAUAACUCGUAACUGUUGAAAUACAACUUUUUAGGAGAGGAAUAAAACUGUUUAAAAACCUCUUAUUUAUACUUGAUGAUCUAGAAGUGGAAUAUAUCUUUAUUACAAUAAAUUAUAUAAUUCUUAAGUGAUAAAUAAGAGUUGGUACUAUUUAAACUAUUACCAUAAAGUAAGAGAAUUAAAAAUUACAAAAAAAUUAUAUCAUUGAAUAUCACACAAAAAACUAAUGAGAACUAAAACAAUUGUUCCACUGUUUCCUAAUGCUAACUCCAAACUAAAUAUUAAAACGAUAAUUGUAAUAAAAUAAUUGAAAUGGGCAAGUUAUCUUGAAAUGAGUUAUAGUCUUUAGGGAGCACAGCCUCCAAAUGCUGAAGAUGAUCCAAUUUUUGUUUCUUAAUUUUUAAUGGCUUGCUUCUUAAUUUUGGAAACGUUUUAAGGUCAGAGACAGGUUUAUUAUAUUUCUUUCUUGCUGGAAGGUUCUCACAUUCAUCGGCAAACCAAGUUUAACUUUAAUACUGCCAUCUGGACUGUAUUUUAUGACUUUAAUUUCAUUGAGUGUCGGAUCAUUUACUCUCUUACCAGGCUUAUUGGAAUUAUAUUAUUGAUUUUGGGAGUAGUCUUUGAUGAAAUCAUGAGAGAUGUUUUUAACUUUAUAGUUUUCUUUUUGUCUGGCUUCUACAGUGAUUCCGCAGUAGUCACUAGGCAAAUAAAUUGACUUAUUUUUAAGCUUUCUUUCGAUCAGUGCGUGAACUGAAUAUUUUUCCAUUUGGGUAUGUCCCUUCUCUAAAUAUUUUUGAUAAAUACAAAUAUUUUUGUGGACAUUUAAACUUAAUAAGGCAUUAGACAACACUGCAUUUUUAUUUUGAUAUCCACAUCUGUCGCUCCAAAUAAUUAUAGGUUUUGAUUUAUCUUCCAGCCCUAGAAUGUGAUCAAUUAUGCAACUUGUAGAAGUAUUAGCAAUUAAAUCUGCUUCACAUUCGUUGAACCAGUAACAGCAAUAACGAUGUGUGUUUAAUUCGAAAAUUGUAAAAUUAUGUCAAAGUAGUUUAGUCGCAUAAUACAGGGCGGAGGCGUUACAAAAGGACAAACUUCAAGUGGUUGAACAUCCUGCGUUAAAAAAAAUUGUUUCACCUUGUUGACCCAUCAAUUUAUCCUUAGCCUUUUCUUUUCUUGCUAGCUAUUUUUUCUGAACGUGAGUUUGGUGACGUUUUUUUUUGGCCGUUGAAACUAAAUAUUUCUUUCUUUGAUCAUGUAGUCACAAGUGAAUCCAGAAAAUGGCUUUUUAGUAAGAUUUCCCUGCACAUCUCAGCGUAUUCGCGGUAAACCGCCUCAUAAAUCGGCUCAAUAUAAACUUUUGUAAUAGAUUGUCUACAAUAAUCAUUUUGGCAAUAAAUCUUAAAACUAUCAGGUGUUGUUUAGCUAGUCUGUCUGAAUUUGUGUCUUGCACUCUUAUCUCUCUUCUAGAAGCGUUACUCAAUUAGAAACAGUCCAUUCAUUUAGUGCAAAGGUCGAAAGGAAAAAUUGUUUGCAUACAGGUAAAAUUUGUCCAUUGACAUCCUUUAUUGUAUAUCUCAAGCUACUAGAACGUCGCUACUUUUCACCUGCACCUUAGUUUAAUUGUGCUCUCCUUUGAUGAUUUCCGAACCCAAUCGCUCGAUGAGCUAGCCACAAUUAACGCUUAUAAUAUGUUAUUCCAGUGGAAAUAACAAGGGUGGGUCUUCAUUAAGGCGAAAACAAUAGCAGCUGGAAAUAAGGCUGUUCUUCCAUCAAUUUUCAUUUCUUGUUCCUUUUAUAGAACAGAUGGUAUUUGGAUAUUUAAAGCAGGUACCAAAUAUUUUCUUUCACCACUCUUUUUUCUGGGGUAAUAGCACUCCAAAAGUGGAAACAGUUUUAUGACCAUAAGAGAAAAUAGUGUUAUAGGUAAAAAACAAACUAUCGAGUAAUAAGCGUUUGAAAUUAAUUCUAACUUCACUUUUCACUUUUUGGAUGAUAACUCAAAAACUGAGAAAGUUUGCCGCAUUAGUAACUAUUUAGUUGAUAUUAUUUGAGAUAAGAUUUUUAAAUUUUUUGACUUAUGAUACUAUUUAAGUGAAGAUGCGAAAUGUACACCAUUGUUAAUCUAUACUCAAAAUUCUGUACAAUAGAAACUGUUGUAUAAUCUGAUAAAUAUUCAGGGACUCAUAAUGAGUAGACAGUCAGAGAAGUACCUCGUAGGGGGUCCUGCAGUUGCAAAUCUUUCUUCGACGUUUCCAUUUCCUUGAAAUGUACUGAGAAGCUGCAAAUGGACGCUUUCAAUGAUUUAGAAUUUGCAACUUCUCUCCCGAAACUGCCAAACUCAAGAAUUCCUAAAGCUUAGCAUCAUCCUUAGUAAGUUUAUGUGUAGGCAUCAUUCAAAAUAAAAAUGUAAAUAGAGCAGAUCCAAUAACUGAUUCAGAAUAUAAAAGAAAAUAACUGAAAAACACAAAAAUUAGUCAGACAAGCAAUAUCAAUGUGUAAUACAGAAAAAAGCUGGGUAAAAAAUGGUUAAUACAUAUAAAUCCAGUAUUUAUAAAACAUCCUAACUUUUGUGGAGCAUUUUGUACCUUUUCUUAGAUGUUUAUAAAUUUAUGUGUCAGCUAGUCGGGUAAUUUCGGCUAUUUUCUUGAUUGGCUAAGGUCAGCAUCACAUAAAUUAUAAACAAUUAAAAUGACUGCAUUUUAUAUUUAUAAAUAAUAUUUAACAAAGGGCAACACUAAGAUUAAAAUUAAGUUAUUACAAGAAUCCAUUUUUAUCAGUUCAAUUAUAUUUUUUCCAAGCACAAA